AGUCAAUAAGCGUACAGACACUGACAACCUCAGCAGUACGUACGCCGGCAUCCUACACACAUUACGAAACAAUAGUAGAGCCGAGCAGCAAACACACGCUUCUACAGAACAAGUGUGAAAGUGGCGCGAAGCAGACUGCACCUCUUUUCUGCGAGCCGGAUCGAUUUCUGAAAAAUCAGCCCAUCCAGCCCACGGCCAGAACAAAGUGGGUGAAGUGAGUAUCGGAAUCGGUAAAAAUACCUCCUGCGAAGCGAGUGCUCCUGUUAAUGCCAGUUUUCUUGUUCUGUAGUUGUCGGAGCAUAAACCGUUGACAAAGGUGCCUAUGCUGCAGGCCCUUAACGAUAAAACGGAACAUUGUUAAUCCCAAGAAGAAGGCACAAUAAAUGUGUCCGAAACGUCGGAUGAAAGCAUAAGAAUCCGUUUUUAAUUAAAAGAGACUGGAAGCCAUUACCCCGAAUCAACUAUCACAGUCGUAUCUCUAAGAACAUACUGUUAUCUGACAAUAAACACUAUGUUUCAUGUCUAUUAUUGUAUCCUCAGUAGCAUGACAUGCAUCUUGUUGCGUGACCAACUACUUAGUAUCUACAAUCUAUGGAAAUAACAUGUACAACAUGAGCGACAACGCUCAUAACGGAUUUUAGUUUAGUAUUACCACUCCACAUUCGGUGAUAAUUUAUCAAAUUUGACACCUUCACACUGGUUUGGAUCGUCAAACCUAGUUGCAUUAGAUCGGUCAUUCACCACAUAUGUUAGUGUUAUCAAUAAGAUCUAUUUUUAAGAUUUCUUUUUGAUGCAUAUAUAGGAACCAUGCACUGACAUUCAUUAUUUGGCGCAGCUAGGGGGUUUCAUGAAUAAAUGGCUUCAUGUAGAUCCUAUUUGACACCCACAACCAAUUAGAUAGCUAACCGAUGCUGCCGAAUUGCAAGACAAAGAGAACUUUUACAGCCAAUUGAAUGUUGUCGUGGACAAGAUUCCGAAAGGUAAUAUCAAUAUCCUCACGGGCGACUUCAAUGCGAAGGUUGGUUCCGAUAACUCGAUCUAGUACAUCAUGGGACACCAUGAUCUCGGAGAAAUGAGCGAAAACGGAGGGCUGUUUACAGAGUUUUGUGGCAACAAUGAUAUGGUAAUUGGGGGAUCGCUCUUUCCUCAUCGAUCAGUGCACAAAGUGACAUCGUUUUCCCGUGAUGGCGGCACGGAAAAUCAAAUCGACCACAUCUGCAUCAGCUGGAAAUGGAGACGGAGCCUUCUUGAUGUGCGGAACAAACGAAGCGCCGACAUUGCGUCCGACCAUCAUCUCCUAAUCGGCGAGAUCCGACUGCGCAUUGCCAGGAUCCAACGACAGGAGGAGAAAAUCGGGCGCCGGUUCCACACACGCCGACUGGAAGACGUUGCGGUGAAAAGGUCCUUCGUCGAGGAGCUAGAGAACCGUGCUACGAAUAUUCCAGAAGGUGGAAGCAUAGAAGAUCAAUGGAGCACCAUCAAGAACGCCUUCAUCGCCACCGGCGAGAAAAAUUUGGGUGUGCUACGCACCCGAAGAAAGCAGUGAAUCACAGAUAAUUCCUGGAUGAAGAAAGAGGAGCGAAGAACGCCAAAACCGCGAUAGAGCGAGUGAAUACACGAGGUGCCAAAACCGUAUCCCGUCAGCGCUAUUCACGAGAAGUAAGUGAAACACUCAUGUAGACAGGAUAAAAGAUCAUGGGCGGACUCCCUAGCCACAAGGCGAGAAAGCCGCA